AUGGUUGCAAUCUCAUUCUGUGUAUUUUACAACUAUCUUCAGACUGCUCUUGUGUCAAGUAGCUCCAACAUAUCAUCAUUAUCCGUACUCCUAAAACAAGUCCCGCACAAAUUCCUCUCUUUCCAGACAUCAGCAACCAACGACAACAACAAUAAUCUAUCAUCAACUAAGAACAAUAAGAACAACAAUGGUCAGGUUCUCUAUCCAAGACGUCUAAAACAACAAGAACCAAAUAAGGGGACCUUUAUAUUCGACACAAUCACUGCCUCGGAUUUCUUUUCCCAGUCAAUACUCACAAACACCACCAUUACUAAGGACACCAACAAUAAUAAAAAUGAUGACAGCAUAUUAACGACGACUAUUAAACCGAACGAUAAUAUAAACUUGGUAACUGGCCUAGAUAUGCCCGUUACGCCGCAUUAUGUUGCACCAAGAGCCCCGAUUGUACUAUGCCAUGGUCUGUACGGAUUUGAUCUCUGGGGACCCGAUGCAUUUCCUGCCCUUCAAUUUCACUACUGGCAAGGUAUCGAGGACGCUCUGGCAAAACUUGGAGCAAAGGUCAUUGUCACAGGUGUACCGAAAACAGGAAGUAUCCGAGAACGUGCUCAAGAACUACAUGCGGUACUCAAGGCAAUCAUGAAAGACAAGGAUGUUAAUUUUGUUGCCCACUCAAUGGGUGGCCUUGAUUGUCGGUACCUCUUGUCUCACAUCAAAGAUCGCCCUUACAGACCUCGUUCUCUGACUACAAUAUGCACUCCUCACCAAGGCUCACCAGUCAUGGACUGGUUUCGUGACCAUGUAGGAGUUGGAGAGCAGAAACCAGGAAAUCCAUGCAACCAAAGAUCCCUAAGCGCAAUGACAGUCUCGAUGAAAAAUAGUGUCACACGUACUGAAGAAUUUGCCACUGCGUCCAUGAUGGCAUAUUAUAAUCACCAUCACAAUAAUAAUGAUGAUGAUGAUGAUUUACAUGUACCUCUUUCUGACCGCCAAAACAAAACUCAAUCUCAAACUCAAACUCAAACUCAGAACCAAAAGCUACUAAAUCUCAAACUCAAGCUUGGAUUGUUACCAAAGGCAAUGAUAGACUACUUUGAUGAACCAGCAUAUGGAAAUCUGACUACAGACUACUGUCAAGAAUUCUUUAACCCAAAUACUCCUGACGAUCUGGGUGUACAAUACUACUCGUAUGGUGCUGCAGCAAAGAUUCCAGCCUGGUCAUCUCUCUUGAGUACUCCAUGGCAAAUUGUCAAAGACAAGGAAGGUGACAAUGAUGGAAUUGUGAGCAUCAAGAGCGCCAAGUGGGGAAAGUACAUCAAGACUGUUGAGGCCGAUCAUUGGGAUCUUAGUGGAAAAAGCUGUAUUCCAUACCGAUGGCAGUCAGAUUCCAGUAGCACAUUUGACAGGGAGGCCUUUUAUCUUGAAAUGGCUACUCGUCUAUACCAUCAAGGCCACUAA